ACAGGCGAAAGAAAUCUCAGCGAAUUAUUCUUUUAAUAUUAAUGAUUAACUUUCGUAUAAUUUUAAAAACUGCCGGUUUACCAAUUUACCUGCACAUCGCUAAAAAUUCACUAGUAGGAACUUCUUAUCGGCGUACGUUUACAUAAUUGAAUUACGGGGACUAUCAAUCAAUCUAAUAGAGUCUUUAUUGGAUGCCUUGGAUUUCGCAAAAGCGUCCCACUUUAAUCCCAUUUACAAGUAAAGUGGUCCCACGGGCCUCCACGUUUUUCAAGCACAAGUUUACUAUGCUUCAUAAACUCGAAAACAUUUGCAUUGGAAACGCGUCCAGCAACAAUGCGUAUUCUCUUCCUAUUCGGCCUGUCUUUCGUAGUAAUCAUGAGUAUUUUAUGCAGCGAAGAUUCGGAGGAGCAAAGUUUGCUGCAGAACUUCGAGGAUAAUCUGUUUUUGUGGAGAUCGAAAAGGGAACUUGACCGUUUCAACAGCACCGAGUCGAAUAGUACUUUGAGGCAUAGGAAACUCCUGGAGAGUUUCAAGAUAAGAUGGCCGGUGUCGAGAUGGCGGGAAUUCAAAUAUUUCACGGACGAUUACUUGGACCUGAUAAAUGAACAUUGGCUGCAAUUUUCGCCGCCGUAUGAAAGUGUUCAGAAGUUUCUGGGAGCCAUCUAUGUGCUGUUCUCGACGGUCGGCUGUUGGGGGAAUAUUAUGGUCCUUUUGAUGUAUUUCAAAUGCAGAUCUCUUCGUACCCCAGGCAACAUUUUGGUGGCAAAUCUCGCUCUCAGCGACUUCAUAAUGCUGGCAAAGACACCGAUUUUUAUUUUUAAUUCCUUUAACCUCGGCCCAGCGCUGGGCAAAACAGGAUGCGUGAUCUACGGUUUCGUGGGGGGCUUAAGCGGCACCACAUCCAUCGCCACUCUGACCGCCAUCGCGCUUGACCGCUACUGGGCCGUGGUCCACCCUCUGGAGCCCCUCCGAGCCCUAACAGCCAUCCGAGCUCGCCUAUUCGCAGUCGGCGCCUGGAUCUACGCAGGAAUAUUCUCCAUUAUUCCCGCUCUCGACAUUGGCUAUGGACAUUACGUGCCAGAAGGCUACCUAACCAGUUGCAGCUUCGACUAUCUCACAGAUGAACUGCCGCCUCGAUACUUCAUAUUCGUCUUCUUCUGCGCCGCCUGGCUCGGCCCCCUCUGUAUCAUCUGCUUCUGCUAUACGAGAAUACUUCGCAUCGUCGUUGGCAGCAGAAAUAUGAAUAGCAAAAACCAAGAAGAGAGAAUGUCCUCUCGUCAUGUUAAGGAGCACACGAAACGCAAAGCCGAAAUUAAACUAGCCGGCCUUGUUAUUGCUGUGAUCGCUCUCUUCUUUAUCUCUUGGACCCCAUACGCUAUAGUAACUCUUUUAGGCAUAUUUGGCCUCAAAGACGCCAUUACUCCAGCUAUUUCCAUGAUUCCAGCUUUAUUCUGCAAAACGGCUGCGUGCAUCGAUCCAUUUAUUUACAUCAUCACACAUCCCAAGUUCCGAAAGGAAUUGCAAAAGAUGCUCUUCAAAGACAAAUCAAGAAGAAUGACUGGAACGUUUAAAAGCGUCGGAUAUUCUGUGGAUGCUAGUAAAGUGUAUAGAGUUAGUAAAGACCUCAGCGACACGGAUGUAGAGGUUAUCGAAAUGAGAGACAUUCCAUAUCAUAACGAGGCGAAGGGUAACGCUGUGCAAACAGUCUCGUCUAAGAUAUCGCAAAGACAGAAUUCGCAAAGAUCAUUGGGGAGUGUGAGCAUGAAAAGUUAUGAAGAGGAUGUGGUUAGUCCCCCAUCUUGGUACACAAAACCUCAAUUUACAAAGUCGAGAAGUUUCAGCCGAAAGUCGACAAAAAGCUCGUGUUAAUUACAAGUAUUGAUGUUUUAAUAUUUCUAGUGAUAUAAUAGUUGAGAAAAUUUCUUGAGAUUAUAACUUUUCUAAGUGACUAAUCACGGAAUUCAUGAGAUUAUAGAAUUUAAUAGAUAAAUACCAUUAAUUAUGAAAAGUGAAAACAUAGUUGUAGAAAGAUAGGUAUAUUUUUCUAUGUAUGGAAACAUACGAAGCACGAUCUCACUCCUCAUUUAUUUCCGGCUUUGUAUAAUUAGAUACAAUUUAAUUUAAUUCUAAUUAAUUUUACAAAAAAAAAAAAAAUUCCGUUUGUUUUUGUUUAGAAUAUAAACUUUUCUUUAUAAACUCUAAGUAAAUCUUAAAUUUUUAUAUCUUUGUUUUUUAUUUAAAUUUUGUUUUAACAAGAGUGUUUUCAAAUUUACCCCACUUACAUGAAGGUGGCUAUUUGUAAUGUAACAUAUUUAUUACAAAAUAUUAUUUGAAGAUUUAUCCUUAUAGCCAAAGAACCCAUUUCAAAAUAAGUUACGUUUAUAAAAACUGUACUCAUAAUUGUUUAAUCCUUACCUAUGUGUGUGAUCUCUCUUCACACCCGUUAAAACAAAAAAUGUAUCAAAUAUCUAGAUAUUUCAUUCAUACAUACCUACAGAAUCUUAUAUUAUCUAUAAAUAAAUUUUUGAUAAAAUAAAGCUUUAUUAUAUGGAAACCUAUGUAUUUUAUUUAGCAGUGCUUGAUUAUUGAUGCUACAAGUUUUAUUUAUACUUCUACUUCAUAUAAAAUAUGCACGAAUGUAAAAAAACUGAUCUACUUAUAUAUACCUAAAAAAAAAUAUCUGUAGUUCCGAGUUCGAUAUAUUCAAAUACUUAUGUAUCAGGUAAGAUGGUUUGGGGUAAUUUCGGUUGAUAAAAAGCCACAAUAAUGCCAAAUUAAUGCGUAGCUGAUGAUUGUUGAAGUUAUACUUCUUUUGGCGCGAUGAAGAAAAAUGAUAAGAGUGAAUUUUUACGAUGCGCGCAUACCGACACCUAAAUUUAACAGCAUGAAGUUAGU